GUUCAAAGCCAGCCUCAGCAGCAUCAGUGUGGCGGCGCAACAGAUAGGUGAGGGGCGGCGCUGGGCGGGGCGGCCUGCACACCUGUCCUGCACACCUGCCUGCUCCUGGGGUGUGUGUGAGGCCCCUGGGAUCUGCCGCACUCCACCCCUGAGACCUGCCGCCCUCUUCACCCCUGGGGCUAUCCUGCUCCCCUGCUGGGCCUGCCUCUCCCUGCACUUGGCGCCCCUGGGACCUGCCUCACUCAACGCCCCUGGGACAGUCUCGUGCACCCCAGGGACCACUCCGGGACCCAGCACCCCGGGAGAACCAGCCUCAGUACCCCACGACUCCCCAGCCCCAAGGGAACUGCCUCACUCCGCCCCUGGGACCUGCCUCACUCAACGCCCCUGGGACAAUCUUGUUCAUCAACACCCCAGGGACCAUUCCAGACCCUAGCAUCACUCAGAACCCCAGGGGAACCAGCCUCACUCCACCCCAGGGCCCAGCCUCAGCGGUCCUGGGACAGUCGUGCACCCCAGGGGGCAUACAUCACAACUCCCCCAGCCACCCCCAGGGACCUGCCUCACUCAUCACCCCAAGGACUUGUCCCUCUACACCCCAGUGGCCCCAACCUUGGCCUGCCUCACAACUCCAGGGGCCUUCCUCAUCAAGCAUCCCUGUGGUCCCAGCCUCCCCAGUGGUCCCCCCAGGAUGCCCCCAGCAGGACCCUCGCCGCAGGAGAAGAUGACGUGGAUGAAUGGCGUGGCGGUGGGCCGGGCAGCCUACCAGCCCACCAGCGUCGAGCACUGGGCCAACAUGGUAACUCAUGGGCUCUUCGUCUUGCCGGCCGUCUUCGGGGCUGUGUUCAUGGUGACAGCCGCCCACUCCAGUCUGCACCAGCUGGCGGCCACCAUCUACGGACUGGGACUGGCCGGGCUCUUCUUCGUGUCCACCUUUUUCCACAUCGUUUUCUACCUCGGAUACUAUAAGAAGCUGAAGGAGGUGCUGCACCGAGGCGACCGUGCCAUGAUCUACGUGUUCAUCGCCACCUCCUACACCCCCUGGCUGCUCCUACGGCCCCUCCCGCAGGACUCCUGGACCAUGCAUCUGUGGUGGGGCAUCUGGGUGCUGGCAGUGGCGGGCAUCCUGUACCAGCAGAUGUUCCACGAGAGGUUCAAGAUGCUGGAGACUGUGUUCUACCUGGUCAUCGGCAUCCUCCCCUCGCUGGCGGUGAUGGACAUGGAUGACCACUCGGGGUUGGCGGAGCUCAAGCUGGGCGGAAUCAUCUAUGUGCUCGGUGUGGUGUUCUUCAAGCUGGAUGGUCGGGUGCCGCUCGCCCAUGCAAUCUGGCACUUGUUCGUGGUGCUGGCGGCCUUCAUCCACUACUACGCUGUCCUCACUUACCUGAUUCUUCCCUCGACCUUCCCUGAGGCCGAGGACUUGGGGCGAGGCGAGGGGGAGUGUGACACCUUGGGCUCUGAGUGUCCAGCUCUCUAGUGAUCAAGUUUUGGGUCUAUCACACUCACUACUGACUCGUGGCCAAAUCUUGUAAAGUAUUAACACUCAGGUGAAGUUCCCAGGUGUCUCCAGUGGCCCUGCGCAGCAUCAUGAAGCGGUUACUGCAGAUGUGGCGCCUGCUGUGUCCUUUUGUAUUCUCUGUGUUGUGAUUGGCUCUCAAGAAUAGUUCAUAAUCGACAUUUUUCUCAGGGGUCAGUUGUAACUCUUAGAAUGGGGAAGAGGCAGGGCUUGAACAGUCACUAUAGAGGUGUGUCCGGCCCCAUCUUCUCAUUCUUCGUGUUGUGAUUGGCUCUCAAGGAUAUUUUCUGCUCCACUCUGUUCUUGGUGGGCAGUCAUGAUGCAAAGUGAAGAAGAGGCAGGGCUUGGACAGUCUCUCGUGCAGUAAAUGUGCUCUGUGUGCUGCGUCAGGUGGCAGAUUACUGAUACUGUUUUGUACAGCUUGGCGAUGCUCCUAGUACAGGCAUAGGCAUGGUGGUAGUGAGUAGGUUACCUAGACUUUUCACUACCCCAGACAGCAUGUUGCCCAUUACUUUUAUUUUAUAUUUUCUUACGAAACCAAAAAUAACAUAUGCUGUGGACAUCUUGACACAAGAAAGUUUGUAAGGAUUUUUACUAAAGGAAAGAUAUUUUUUUAAGAGAAAAAUGCUGGGGUAGUUAGAGUAGACAGUACAAAGAAAGGUAAUGAAACAGAACAGACAUGUAGAGCAUUUGGCAGGAGGAGACUAAGGAGUGCACGACAAGGCUGGCUGUGCCUCAAGACGAAGGCAGCCAGCAGCUGCAAGCACCUUGAGGGGCCACCCUGGCCAUGUGAGGGGCCACAGUGCAAGGCAGCACAGAUAUGAACAAAAUGUAUUAUGGAGACCAUUGUAUCCCAACCUCAGUUGGUAUUUGCAAUCAGUAUUUAAAAAAUACAGAGGUUUCAUACCCAAACAGGCCACAGUUACAGGACUUGCAUCAGAAUGUGAGAGUACCGCUGCAGAAGUGUUUGUUCGUUGUUACUGUAAUGUUGUAGCCUUGGUAGCCAAGGCAGAGGUCUCUGCCUGGUGUUCCAGUUUUUGUUCUAAUGCUCAAGGUCAGUGGCAGGUUGCCACACUAAAGAUGAAUGACUUUAUUUUUUGAAAUGUUAAAGUGUUUGAUCUGAAUUGUUGCACUGUGUAACAGUGGAGUUAAAAGAAUUAUUUAUGGUAGUUAGGACUUUUCUGAACUGGUGAAAGUGUUUCAUCUGAAUUGUUGCACUGUUUAACAGUGAAAUUAAAGAAUUACUUGUGGUUGUUAUAAUUAUGUCAAGUUAAACAAGCCUCCCUCUCUUACACUUGAUAGGCAACAUCUUGUCCCAAAGGACACAUUUCUUUGCCAUCACGUCAUCCUGGAGCAGUGACUCAUAGGUCUGCUGUGGUGAUAGGCAUUCAUCUGGAAUAAGCUGAUUUCAGCAAGGUGUGUACCCCAUACCUCAUUCCACCUUGUUCAUGAUUCCACGGCCCGGCAGGGCGCUGACUGCUUGGCUCAGCGGCUCGUACAAACCUCCGGACCCAUCACUACUGACACCUUUAGAUUUAUUUAUUGCGACAAUCACCCAGUGAGAUGAUAUCUUAUUCAGGAAACCUGGUCUUGGUGUUCCGGACAAAGACACAAGACUCCACAAUAUUGUGAUGCAUUUAUAGUAUUAGUCAGCAGACCCAAGGUAGGCUGGGCUGUGCCCUUAGAGCACGACUAGUUUGUUUCCUCACGUCUGUGUUAGCUCAGCUGUGUAGUGGCAGGAGUGGGAGGGACAGAGUGCUUCCUGUCUCUGGGUUUUAGCAAAGGAGGCCCAGAGGGUUUGGAAAUCUGAAGAACCACAGAAGGUUGAACUGAUAUACUUUUCUCGUGUCCCGUCAUGGUCAACAUAGCUCUCACACACUGGCAAGAAUAAUGGUGACAGAUUUAAUCCAAGAAUAUAGCUUUGCUCAGUCAUGUAAAAAAGUUCCUAACAUAUUGAAGAAGACAAUGGAAAGUGAAAGUUAAGUGCAGGUUACUUCUUGACCCACCAUUAAAAAACUGUCUUGAUCAGCCAAAGCUUGUAAUUGAUACGUUCAAAUAAUUAACUAUCUAAACAUUGGCCAAAGGUCCGUUAUGUUUGUUCCUGGCAGAGCACUCUGUUGCUUGACACCCCCAAAUGUGGUCAUAUCAUUAGAUUACAGGACAACAAGUGUGUACCUUCUAUUAUCCUCAUAUGAUUAAUGUUAGAGCAGUGGUGUGCCAAGUGGACACUGCCAGUGGUUUGCCUGCACAGGUGAACUGCAUAGAGCUGCACCUCAGUAUGUGGGGUGGUGGUGGUGGUGGUGGUGGUGCUAGUCACAGGUAGACCACCACAGAGGACCAAGUGAUGGUAGUCAUGUCAUAACAUGCUAGACAGACCAUUUUGGCGGACAUCAUCACCACAUGAAGCACUUGUGAAAGUGACAAAAAUUUCUAAUCACUGGCUCUUCUGCCAUAUCUCCUGUCACUUGAUUGGCUAGUGCAUCAUUAGGUGUCAUCUCAGAGCUCUUAGGCAAAAGUCAAUAUGACAGUCAGCUGCCUGGACACGGAUGGUUCAACACACGCAUAACAUAUUAGGCUGGAGGUGUGCCAAACCUCCUGAGGAAACACAAUAGUCCAUUAGUGCUGCUGGAGGUAGCCGGCAGCAGUAGUUGUGUGUGCCACAAAACCAUUUUCUAGUCUCCUCACUGCCAGAAUGACAAACAGCCUUUGUGGCCCGUGUGCUGUGGCGCCCCGGCUCUGUGUUGUGCCUAGGACUAGAUGACAUAACAGUCAAAACUUUGAUGCUCCCCGGAGCCAGUCACAAUGUUGUCUGACCCAUUUUCUUGUUGCCUGUGACUGAGAAGGUUCACCACACAAUGAUUUAGUUCUCAUACAUACAGUUGUGUGGAUCAACUCAGUAACCAGCCUGGCCAUAGCAGAUCCAAGGCAUGCAUUACUUGUAUCAUAAGUGGCCCUCUUGAUCCACUGUAUGUCUGCUGUACUUAACAAAUGGUUGUGGCCCUCAAGACUCCAUCGCAGUCAUGAGGAAAAGGCAAUAAAGAGGUGCAGUGUUUGCUCCUUCCUGACUCACACAGGCAAAGAGGAAGCUUAUCUGCUGGAACCCUUGGCUGCUGCCCCCACCGUUGAUGUUAGCUGAUGAGGUUUCCCUGACCCCCUAGAGUUGUCCUAAGGUAUCCUUCAAGUAAUGUUACUAUUUACGAAGUAUUUCAUCUCUAUCUCAGUAUUCUACAAAUGCCAAUCUGUUUUGCACUACUUUCUCCCAGCUGUUACCCAUGGAUGGAGGCCUGGCUCACAGGGCAGUGUGCCUGGCGUGAGGAAUUGUACGUGCAUGUGUACAAUGGCUGUCAAGGAAAAUGUGUGAACGAGGAGUCACUUCAAGGAAUGUGUCACAAUGUUGAACAAAUCAAUGGGAUAGAUUUGCAUUUUUAUUUUUUUAUUUUUUUAUUUUUUAUUUUUUUUACGUUUCCACCUACGGCGCCAGUAGGCUUGCAUGGAGGGGCCUGAUGGUAUGGCCCAGCCCAUUGACAAUAGUUAAAACAUCUCUUAUGCGGCAUAAUUAUAUUUAUGCUGUGGUCCUAAGGUCAGCAGUGACUAAAUAUAGACGAUUCAUUUUGGGGGAUCUACUCUUCAAGUGCUGCCGCUGUUUGAAGGUCAAGGAAAGCCAAACUAGCCACAGAACUGACAAUAAGUACGAAUACAACACUUUAAAAAUCUGGCCUAAGUAUUUGUGUAGAAAUGAAAUGCCGAGAUUGAUGUUAGGGAAGCUGAUUAAUGGCGCUGCUUUGUGUUGAUGUUGCUAGGUGUAUGUUUGUAACGGAUGGGUGGAUGGAUGUGCAUUAGAGCAUCCACACAUCCAUCACCACUAUUCAAAACAAAGAUAUCCGAGGUGUUCAAAUGAUUCAGGUUUAUACGAGUGGCCGGUCUAUUAAAAGCAUUUUGUACUCUGGGCCCCAUGGCAUUUAUAGCGAAGAAACUGAGACUACAAAACAAUUGCUAAUGAUGUCAAACACUCGAGGGGAUUCCUGUUGUGAGUUCAAUCGCGACCCUAGACGGCUAUUUCUUCUCCUCCUUCUCUAUACGAGGUCGCUGUUCUUCGUGAGCCGCCUUCACUUCCCUCCCUCCAUCACCAGCCAUGUUAUUAUUCAGACCCUUCUCUGUCCUUGUGCCAUCUAAGCCUUGUCCUCUCUCUAUAUGAUCUUAACUGUUUAACGAUCUUUUUAUCUUGUCUCGGGUCUUCCUCUCCUCCUCCUCCUCCUUCCCAGUACCUUCAUUUCCGGUGCUGUUCUCUCAUCACUUUCCCCAUUGCUCCUCAUGAUGUCCUUGUGCCAUCUAAGCCUUGUCCUCUCUCUAUAUGAUCCUAACUGUCUGACGAUCUUUUUAUCUUGUCUCGGGUCUUCCUCUCCUUCUCUGUAUACUUCCAUUUCCAGUGCCGUUUUCCGAUCACUUUCCCCCAUCGCUUCUCAUGACGUGCCAAUAUCAAUAUCAAAUAAGGCUUGCACUCCCUCCAUGUGGUCUUGUCUGUCUAGUUCGGAGAGAUUCUUUAGUCACCUUUUUCGUCAAGACACCCAAUAGUUCAAAGUCCAUCUACCUCCCGUCAUUCAUUUGGGUCCAGUGUGAUUUUAUUUGUGAAGUGCUUUUUCUACCGCUAGACAUAAAAUGAAAAAAAGAAGUGGCUAUUUUAUCCUUAUUUGUGAUUUAGUAGUUGAGCCAAGACAGACAGACACAUUGGUCAGUAUUAUAAGAUACUUUCGGUUCUCACAUCAGCUAUUUCUAAAGGCCAAAGAGAGGGUUAGUCUGGUUCUAAUGAGUGUUUCUUCAGGUUCACGGUACAGAAGAAGGGUCAAACUACCAUCAGGAUCAUAAAACUACUACUGGAAAUGCCCACAACUCCUAUGAAAGCCUUGUCAGAUAUGUGUUCUUGGGCAGCGAAAUGUCUUAUAAUACCACCCAUAGACCCCUCGUAUUGCACCCCUCACAUAUGCCCCCUUUUUCCUCCCCAAUAAGCUCCCUAUCCCCCCUCCUUUUUCCUUCUCUCUUUUUCAUCAGGACUUUACACUUCACAUGGCUCCCCAAAACUCCAUACCACAAAUACUUCACAAACAUCACAACUCUUUAGAAAUGACUCGGUUUCUUAUAAAUGCCAUGGGGCCCCAACGCGGUGACUUUUAUAUAUACAUACUCAUCAUAGCCUCAAAAUGAUGAUAUAAUGAAGUUUGUGUUUUGUGUGUGUGUGUAAUAAUGGUUGAAAUAUUGAAAGAGUGAUGAUUGAUUUAUAUUAUUUAAAGGGUUUUUGAUUGCAGGGUGGUAUUGUUCUUUAUCGUGUGUGUUUGUAUGUGUGUAUAUGUGUGAGAUGAGGGAUUGGGCAGUCAGUUAAUCAGUCAGUCAGUCAGUCAGUCAUCCAUCAGUUGUACACUCCCACAUCUUCAUCAAUGACAAGGUUCGAGAUGAGCUCCUGAUCGAGGCUUCCAUCCUAAGCACUCACUCAUCUUUACUGUUUAGAAAAGAUAAAAUAACCACAAUGUACUUUUUGCAUUUCCUCUCUCUUUCUCCUCCUCUUUCUCUCUCUCUCUCCUCCUCUUUCUCUCUCUCUCUCUCCUCCUCUUUCUCUCUCUCUCUCCUCUUUUUCUCUACAAGUGGCUACAACAACCCUGUGUCUCGUGCAGUAACAGUAGUAACAUUUAGAGAGUGUAUGUAUUUAUCUACUCUGUUUUCUACCAUUGAUCGACCUGUUCAUGUUACUCUUAAGCAGACUCCUCUAGAAUCCUAUGUGUAUAUCAUGUGGUGCAGCCUGACCUGAUCUGACCUGACCCGACUCGAUGUCUUCUUACCCCAGCUCCAAGCCCUGCCCCCAUUCCUCGUGACCAAACCUUCGUGCCAAACCUUUGCACACAGAGUAGUUUUGUAGUGGUUUUCAUGGCCUGCUAUCAAGUUACUAUGUACUUAUAUGCGCCACUUAAGACAUUUAUCAGACAUUCCGUGAUGUGUCUCUGCUUUGGUUUCGUGCGUUAGUCUCUGAACUCCUUUGAUAGCAGUGGAGGCAGUGUGUUGUGGCUCCCCUGUCAAGUUCUUUCAAAUAUUUAUUCUUUAUAGAGGUUGUUUAUUGUUGCGAGGAGUCGUGAAACUAAGCAUUGGGGUGCUAACUAUACCCUGACGAAACCUGACCUCAACAACCUUUCUUUUACGACACAGAGCGAUCGGACAGACAAUGGUUAAAUAUUUUGUUUACUAGCAUUGUUUUCCCCCAUAAUCUUUCCCUUCUGUAGCCUACCCUUGAGACCAUGAAGUAUACAAGGUCUGUUCCGAGAUGUUACAAAAAGACUAAUCAUGAUUUUAAACAAUAACUCAUAUCUACUACCGACAAAAAGUGUGGCCAAAUGACAAGCUAUAGUGUGUGUGUGUGUGUGUGUGUGUGUGUGUAGGGGUAGUCGGGGGGGCAGGCAGUCGGGCAGCACCACACAAACCUACAUACUAACUCACGUUGCCAAAUCUCCGCACCGCCAGCAACAACCAGUGACGUGUUCAGACUGUGUUCGUCCGUUCGUUCGUUCCCCCGUCUGCGUUCCUCCUCGCAGUUCCUUGAUGUUCGUCCGUGUGUCUUACUAGCAACCCGUUCGUUCCUAGCUAUUAAGUCCUUAGGAAAAUACAAAUACAACCCUUUAGUGAGGAAGCCAACAAUGUCUUCUACCCCAGUUAGGUCUUCUAGGAUUUAUAUAUAGUAACUUAUUUAUCAUCUUGUGCCUCCUCCUCCUCCUCCUCCUCCUUCUCCAUUGUAUAUUCUUCCUGAGUGAUCUUUCUUCUCCUCCCCUUAUCCACUUUCUCUUCCUUUUCUUCCUCAAUGCUCCUCCUCCUCCUCCUCCAUUGCAUAUUCUUCCUCAGUGAUCUUCUUCUCCUCCCCAUAUCUACCUUCUCUUCCUUUUCUUCCUUAAUGCUCCUCCUCCUCCUCCUCCUAUUCCUCAGUGAUCUCUCCUCCUUUGCUCUCAUUUCUUCCAUCUUCAUCUCCUCCUCCUCCUCCUCCAAAGUGCUCCUCUUCUUCUUUGACUUCCACAAAUCCACUUCUUCCUUUUCUGUAAUUUUCCUUCUCCUCCUCCUCACCCUCCUCCUCUUCCCCUCUCCUCCUCCUCCUCCACCUUCAUAAGUAACGUUAGCGUAGCAUAGACCGUGAAGUGAUGUCUCGUGAUCGACAGUGAAAGCAGAAUAAUAAUAAUAAUACAGAUCUCUUGUCCCCUAGUAAGUGAACAUUAGUAAGUACCCCCCCCCCCCUCCCCGAAGAACGUCUGUGGUCCUACCUUUUAAUAUUAUAUUUGUGUAUGUUUCAAAUAAAUAAAUAAAUGACUUUGA